UUGGCACCCUUAUUUCAGGGCGCUCACGGUUUCAUCACACAACACCCAUGGCGUCAUGUUGUACGGGCUUUCAUAAAUCUUGAAGCCAGUGGUAGUGGUGGCAGAGAGCUAUUGUUCCAAGCCGGUCCUGCUAAUCAGUGGCUGCUGAACUCCUACCUGGAGGGUGCGGUACACCCACACUUGUUCCAUCAUCGGCCAAGAAAUAUUCCAGAGCGGAUUGUUUCCCUGGCGACACUGAUUUUCGGGUGUUCCGAGACUAUGGCAGAGUGCCUGGUGGGUUUGGAUUUGGCGUUUGUCCAAAACGGUUACUGGUGGCAUACAGAAUUCGACGAGGGAAGACGAAUCGCCAUGGGAUCAAUGCAGCGAGCUGGUGACAACGUGUAUGCCACAUUGGUACACCUACUCCAAUCACCCUACUUGGACAAUCCGGCCGAGUAUGGUGAUACGAAGUAUGUGUUCUUCGAUUUCCUCGGUAAGCUUUUUGCUGCUGCCUCUUUUUCCUUGACAUUUCUUAGUUAA